AUGGAGAAAGCAAAGAAAGAAUUACUCCGAGAAACGGCCGAAUGUGGGUACGUAUCAGCCACGAUGCCACAGAGUGCCGAGACCGUAAUAGAUAUCAACGAUUAUGACAGUAAUCGUCGACACACGGACCACUUUCAAUUCGAAGUGAGGGCAACAGAAACUAGAAAACACCGACUUUUGCCGCCAACUCCAGUUGACUCAGUGCGGCCAUCAACAUCGGCCACAGGAAGGUUGGAGGUUCAAGUACGAUACGAGAUGGCCUCGGUAAAAGUAACUGUAAGGCAGGCCAGUGGAUUGAAGAGAGAAACUAAUGAAAGUGGCCAACUUGAUCUUCCCAAUCCAUACGUGAAAGUCAGCCUACUCCCUGGAAGAUGGCAGUAUCCCGUUCACAGAACUGAAACUCUCACUGUGAAUGCAGCACCGGUGUGGAAUAAGAUGUUCGUCUAUUAUGAUAUUACUGAGGAAGAGUUGCAUACCAAGUCCCUUGAAUUUACUUUGUGGGACUAUCACCCCAAAGAAAACAAUACUUUUAUGGGAGAAGUGGUGCUUGAUUUGAAUGCGGUAAAUUUGGAUGGCCUUGCUCAGUGGUACAACCUAACACCACACGAUGAAAACAAUGGACAGCUUAUGCAGCCAACUCCCAAAAAGAGUGAUCAGAAAGGGGAAUCUGAACCAGCAGAAGACAUUCAGACGCCUGUUCCUCCAAUGCCAGCUCACGAGAGAGCCAAGUCUCUUCUGAAAACACACCACCGAGGAUCGGGGACUCUUAAGCGUUUUCUGCAGAGGCACCUCACGCGAAGCUCGUUAACAUCUCCUACGUCCUCAUUACGCAGCAGUGUUCAAGGAAGGGACUUGCAUUUGUCUGACAGCGAGCUAUCCGAUCAUACCCAAACUACAAGUCAGGACUAUACUGCGCUGCGAGACAACUCUGAUAUUUCCCAACUUCCAUGCAACUCUGAGAGUAUAAGCAGUACCCCAGUGUGCAAUACAGUGCCAAAUACCCCAGAUUGCAACAACAUAACAGAAAGUCGAAAAAACAGUGAGAAAAGCGAUCUGUCUGAGAGUGAUGUGGAUAACUACUUUAGUGAUUUCAAGGAGCGUCACGCACCCAAGUCACAAGUCACUGUUGACCCUGGACUAGGGCCCGGGCAAGUGCAGCUCCCAGCAGACAGGCUAGGUCAAGGUGCUGUGAAAUUACGGUUUACAGUUACUAAAGGAAACUUGGAGGUGGAUAUAUUCUGUGCGAAAGGAUUACCAGUAAAUAACAACGAAAUUCCUGACACAUACGUGAAGACCUAUUUGCGACAGGGACAGAAACGGUUUCAGAAACGAAAAACGCGGAUUGUGAGGAAGUCCUUAGAUCCUGUUUACAAGGAGAAGAUCAAUUACUUAGCACGGGAUGUCCAUGGGAGACAUUUACAGGUCAUGAUCUGGGUAAAGCAAGGUGGUUUUGAGAAGAACCAGUGUCUUGGUGAAGUGAUCGUCAACAUGGACAUGCUGAAUAUAAACUGUACCAAACACAGGACAGGCUGGUACAUGUUGUACCAACACCUACCUGAUAACUUUGGCUCUAACGACUCACUAAAUAACAUGUUUUAAAGCCACAUUAUGGACGUGAGAUCUUUAUAUUGCAAAACUUUAAUAUCCUGGGAAUUUAAGCAAAUUUCCCUUAAUUACAAACGUAUACCGUAUUAAAUACCAUCAACAAAUUACGAUGUAUAAACCGGUUUUUGAUUUCUUAAGUUUCUUAUUUUUGGCCCAUUCUUAUAAUGGAAAUGGGGGCUGGUGAAUUUUAAUGGUAACGAUAAAAAUAGAUAUAAAGAGCUUGAAAAUGGAUAUAAAGACAGUUAUGUUUUGAAAGGUUUUGAAUAGGGUAUACCUUGGUGAUGAGGGUGAAAUUGCUGAAAUUCCAAGGAUUUUCUUUGCGACAUGAGGUCUUGUGCACAUUGUAUACAUUACGCAAUCUGUAAAAUGUUUCAUUUUCACAUAACACCGUUAUUUUUUUUUUUUUAUUUUUUUUUUU